UGCGGAGAAGCGAACACACUUUGUGGCCGUUACUGUACUGUAGAACACUGCUCGCAGUACAUACCAGUGGCAUGAAAUCGACUCUUUCCCCAAACUUUCAAUUCUGCUGCCAGCACUUCCGCAAGUCGACCUCCACUCUCAACCACCCUUCUCGGGACACCGGAUCUAGCCCUUUCAUACCCUGCACUUAUCGAAACACGACAGAGGUCGACCUGCCUCCAAGAUGCAUUCCGACCACGACAGUGUGGCCAGCACAAGGGCUUUGCACCGGCAACCUAGCCGCCUCGACUUGGGUCCUAGUGUGCUGUCAACAGGAUAUGUCAGUGCGACGGACACUACCCGCCGACACCUUCAGGGUCUUGAGAAAGGGCGGACCGUUCUGAAGUGGGAAGGUUACCAUCAUGUAUAUGACAACACCCACGGACCAAUCAGAGGCAAGCCAGCUGUGAUGCAAAUCGGAACAGCGGUGCCUAUGAGCACCCAGCAAGUUGCAUGUCAACCAUCUGCUCCGCCAUCGGGUGGUCUGAACACCUGGACCCUGUCAUCAAUCGCAGAGGAAUACAGCUACAAAACUCCAAGCCAGUCGUCAGCGCAGCUGUCGAACAGCUCCUCUACACAAAUAGGAUGUAGAGCACGCCUUCCGGGCCACGAAGAAUGCCGCAACCCCAAAGUCCCGGGACCUGACGAUGGGCAGCAUGGAACACAAACAAGAAGUGACUCGGGACCGUUCCACUAAGACAGUUUGGAGUGCUCGGGUCAAGUGUGUUCGACACAGCAACAAAGUCAUUCAAGAGCCUAUCGCGUGCGACGUCAAGUUUUUAACCAAGCUGCUCGACAAAUUAAGUUAUCGACGGGACAU